AUGUCCUCUGCCCAAGACGAAUUCAACCGCCUCAUCCAGGCCAACAAGGAUACAGUGCGCGGCCAUCCCGAAGACCGCAGCGACUCCCCCGCCUCCGAAGGAGAUCACACUACUACCGCCGCUGAAGACCAGUACGAACUCUCUGACGCCGACUCCGAUUACGCUGAUUAUCACCGCGAAACAUCCAAGAAAGGCGGCUCAAUGGUUUCUCGCACCGCUGCAUACACCGUCCCCUCGACGCUGUUCGACGCCAACACCGGCCCAAAGGGUGUCAUUGCCGAUGCGCAGUCGUUCGAGCGCGCCCGCAAGAAGUCUUUCCGUCGCACGCUGCUGAGUGCUGCCGGUCUAGACUCGAACUCGAAGCUAUUCGGGGCCAACAAUGGCAUUACUGGCAACAACAUCUCGCGAGACCAGGCCUCGUCUCAGAGCAGCAGUUCGGACGAAGACGAGGAGUUUAUGCGUCGAUGGCGGGAAUCGCGUCUGCAGGAAUUGCAAGACCGCAGCCAGCGCCGGCCAAGUCCAAGCAAACGCUUGUAUGGCAGGGUAGACACGGUGGAUGCGGAGGGGUAUUUGAAUGCCAUUGAGCGGGUUGCGUCUGAUACUGUGGUUGUUGUUUGCAUCUAUGAUCCGGAGUCAUCACUUAGCGCCCAGGUUGAGGAUGCCAUUGAAGUCAUUGCGCGCAAACAGAGCACUACACGCUUCAUCAAACUGCAUCACGAAAUUGCUGAGAUGAGUCAUAUCGACGCACCGGCCUUAUUGGCUUACAAGGCUGGCGACGUGAUUAGCACAAUAGUCGAUAUUCCGCGACAGAUCCCUCGCGGAAGCGUGAUUACAUCUACUAGUAUUGAGAAUUUGCUAAACCAGAACCGCGUUUUUUAG